CUCCUGGCUGUCUGUCAAGCGCGCUCUACCGCGCGAUUGGGCUCUUAACGGAGCUGAGCCCCCGACCCCCUUGGCCGUACCUGUCUCGCUGUGAGAGGCUGACGGCUCUUCCUGCUCCGCGCGCAGUUCCCGCCCCUUCAUCCAGCUCCCAAGGAAGGAAGGAAGGAGGAACUGCCCGAGCCGCAUGUGACACUUCUAGUACGCUGCAAAACUGCGCUGCUAUGUGACUCCGCGGGAUUAUUUUAGCUGGUUUUGCGUCCGGUGGCAUACAAGGUUAGAAAGUUUGCAAUUGCAGCCGGUGUUUAUAGGGGGGAGGGGGGUACGGGGGCAAGAAGGGAAGGUGGUGCAAGGGGUUUCGGUAGAGGAGCGUGGCACCGAAAAAAGGGAAAAAAGGUGGGGGGGGUUUCUUUCCUGUCUGAUACCAGAUAGCUCGUUUCGCUCGCCCGCCACGACGGGACUGACGUAGAAUAUGGCGGAGCAUCACCCGGUCCCCGAAAACAAACACAAAUCCUCGCUGAACUCCGGAGCGUCGUCGUACUCGGGGAAUGGACGCAGCAGCACGGCGGUGGUGGCGGAGAGAGGCAGCAACGCCGGGCAAGAAGGCGGAGGAGGUCUGUCCGGCGGCCUGUCGCAGCCGGCCGGGUGGCAGUCCUUACUGUCUUUCACCAUCCUGUUCCUGGCCUGGCUGGCCGGUUUCAGCUCCCGGCUCUUCGCUGUCAUUCGCUUCGAGAGCAUCAUCCACGAGUUUGACCCCUGGUUCAACUACAGGUCGACUCAUCACCUCACCACCAAUGGCUUCUAUGAGUUCCUCAACUGGUUUGACGAGAGAGCCUGGUACCCUCUGGGUAGGAUAGUAGGGGGCACGGUGUACCCAGGCCUGAUGGUCACGGCGGGCCUCAUCCAUUACGUGCUCAACCUGCUGAACGUCACCGUCCACAUCCGGGACGUGUGCGUGUUCCUGGCGCCGGUGUUCAGCGGCCUGACCUCCAUCUCCACCUACCUGCUCACCAAGGAGCUGUGGAACCAGGGGGCGGGGCUGCUGGCGGCCUGCUUCAUCGCCAUCGUCCCCGGCUACAUCUCCCGCUCUGUGGCCGGCUCCUUCGACAACGAGGGCAUUGCCAUCUUCGCCCUGCAGUUCACCUACUACCUCUGGGUGAAGUCUGUGAAGACGGGAUCGGUCUUCUGGUCCAUCGGAUGCUGCCUCUCCUAUUUCUACAUGGUGUCAGCUUGGGGCGGUUACGUGUUCAUCAUCAACCUUAUUCCCCUUCAUGUAUUCGUCCUGCUUCUCAUGCAGCGCUUCAGUAGGAGGGUCUACAUAGCCUACAGCACCUUCUACAUCAUCGGCCUGGUCUUGUCCAUGCAGAUCCCCUUCGUAGGCUUUCAGCCGAUCAGGACCAGUGAACACAUGGCUGCAGCAGGGGUGUUUGUGCUGCUCCAGGUCUACGCCUUCCUGCAGUACCUGAAGGACAGACUGACCAAGCAGGAGUUCCAGACUCUGUUCUUCCUGGGAGUCUCUCUGGCCGCCGGAGUGGUGUUCCUCUCCGUCAUCUAUCUGACAUACACAGGAUACAUCGCUCCAUGGAGUGGGCGCUUCUACUCCCUCUGGGAUACUGGCUAUGCUAAGAUCCACAUACCCAUUAUAGCAUCGGUCUCCGAGCACCAGCCCACCACCUGGGUGUCCUUCUUCUUCGACCUCCACAUCCUGGUCUGCACCUUCCCAGCAGGCCUCUGGUUCUGCAUCAAGAACAUCAACGACGAGCGCGUCUUCGUGGCCCUGUAUGCCAUCAGCGCUGUUUACUUUGCUGGCGUGAUGGUGCGCCUGAUGCUGACUCUGACCCCGGUGGUGUGCAUGCUGUCGGCGGUGGCUUUCUCAAGUGUCUUCGAGCACUAUCUGGGAGACGACAUGAAGAGGCAGAGCCCGCCCGCCGAGGACAGCAGCGACGAGGACGACAAGAAGAACGCCGGCAACCUCUACGACAAGGCCGGUAAGGUGCGCAAACACGUGUCGGAGCAGGAGAAGGCCGAGGAGGGCCUGGGCCCAAACAUCAAGUCCAUAGUCACCAUGCUGAUGCUGAUGCUGCUCAUGAUGUUCGCCGUCCACUGCACCUGGGUCACCAGCAACGCCUACUCCAGCCCCAGUGUGGUGCUGGCAUCAUACAACCACGACGGCUCCCGUAACAUCCUGGACGACUUCAGGGAGGCAUACUAUUGGCUGAGGCAGAACACGGACGAGCAUGCCAGAGUGAUGUCCUGGUGGGACUACGGCUACCAGAUAGCGGGCAUGGCAAACAGAACCACGCUGGUGGACAACAACACGUGGAACAACAGUCACAUAGCGCUGGUGGGCAAAGCCAUGUCAUCCAAUGAGACGGCAGCAUAUGAGAUCAUGAGGUCGCUGGACGUCGACUACGUCCUCAUCAUCUUCGGCGGGGUGAUCGGCUACUCGGGAGACGACAUCAACAAGUUCCUGUGGAUGGUGCGCAUCGCAGAGGGGGAGCAUCCUAGGGACAUCAGGGAAAGUGACUACUUUACACCGCAGGGAGAGUUCAGAGUGGACAAAGCUGGUUCCCCGACGCUGCUCAACUGCCUUAUGUACAAAAUGUCUUACUACCGCUUUGGAGAAAUGCAGCUGGACUUCCGGACGCCGCCGGGCUUCGACCGGACGCGCAACGCCGAGAUCGGCAACAAGGACAUAAAGCUGAAGCACCUGGAGGAGGCCUUCACCUCAGAGCACUGGCUGGUCAGGAUUUAUAAGGUGAAAAAGCAGGAGAACAGGGACCGCGUGGAGCACAAGCUGCGAGGCGCCGACGCCACCAAGCAGAAGUACACCUCCAAAAAGACGGCCAAGAGGAAGCGGGGCUUCAUCAAGAACAAGCUCUCCCUCAAGAAGGGCAGGAAACUGACCAAGAAAUCUUUAUAGAAAGUCCACCACCAACCGAGGGCACACACUGUGGGACGGGAGAGGAGAAAAAAAAAAUAUAAACACAAAAAAACUUUCAACAAAAAAAACAAGCAGCAACAGUAAAUCCACCAAUCGAGAUGAACAUGGAACACCAGAGGUGGAGAUGUUACCACCGCCUAAGAGAAUGUGUCCAACCCCCAGCCGACGUUUGACCUGAUAAGCGGGGUCAAGGUGAGACGUUGGCUAGUCCCAGAUCCACCCCACGCUGGUUUUUAAACCCCCCUGAGGAACUGUGACCUUUGACCCGCUUUUCUUUUUUGUACUUGAAUGUGCUGGGAGACAGAGAGAGAGAGAUUAGCUGUCCUUCUAGCAGGGACUCAGUCUGGGACUGCUCUAUGCAUUGCAUCAUUGGGAUAGAAACACAGAAAACAGACCACUGUUGUACACACAUCCCCCAUCAGCCCUGAACACCACACCUGAUCACACUGAGGCAAAGAGUGACUUUAGGAUGACUGGGAUGGCGUUUCUAAUCUUCAUAGAUAUUCAAUGUCAUUGAAAAGGAGAGAAACUCAAAUGUACCAGCCUACUUCUAUUUUUUAUUUUUUUCUCAUGUGUUUAAUUUCCUUUAAACUCUCCAUUAUUAACAGGAACAUGCAUGUACACAUAUGUGCCAACAAGGAGAAAGGAUACAUUUUUUUUUUUUAGAACAAGACACAAUUCUUCAAAGGGUUAUUCCUGUUUAUUGCAACUUGGUCCAUUUUUUGGUAGUUUCUUUCAGAAAAAGAAAAAAAAUGUUUUACUCUGCAAGUUAAUUGCUGAAACCUCAGAACACAAGACUUACUUCCUGGUUCAACUUUAAUCCACUGUACUUGUCGUAGUCGUUCAGCCACACAGUUUUUCCUCUACAAAGAAGGAACAUUGUCAUUUUUUUUCUAAUUAAAGGGUUACUCCAGCAGCUUAUCAUAGUCAGGGGACUCACAAAGAGGGUUAAAAUUGUCCAAAUUUGAGCGACAUGACUUUUAGUUUUAGCUUGGGUCAAGCUCCAGAAACACUGGAUACUACAGUUCCCAUAAAACCUGGAUAAACUGGAUAGUGUCUUUCCUAAGAUCAUUCAUGCCUCAUAAACGUUCACUUCCUUUAAAAAAAGCCAUUACUACCAGUUUGUUACACGGGCAAACUAGACAUUAUGCAGCUCUUUGAUCCAACGCUGUGUUUCUCUCCUCUCAGACUUUGUUGUUGUGAUGUCACCGUUCCUCUGGAUCUGAGCAAUGACUAAAACUAGUAUAAUAUUAUCUUAACUGAUAGAAAGACUCAACUUGACCCAAACCAGAAAAUCUUUUAACUGGUGCGCGUUAUUCCUAUCUGUAUUAUUCAUACAAUGUCGACCUGCACUGAAACUCAGGACAGAGUCAGAGCUACGAGAGACCGUCAGUGUUCAGCUUGCAACUCAGUCCUUAUAACACAAUUACAUAUCUUUGAAGAAUGCAGUACCUAAAGCAUCUUUGACAGUUAGGAAAUGUGUCGCUCCCACAGUCCAGCAGAAUCCAUCCAUCACUCCCAGCAGAAUAGGUCACGUCAAGGAAGUGCAAACCCGUGCAUUUCUGAGCUUCAGGGUGAGAAACAGACUGUUGGUUUUUAGUUAUCAGGAUGCAGGUUUACUAAACUGCCUGCUUUUGCUCUGAGGGUAAAUUGCACUGGAGUAAAAUCGAGAGCCACGGCGAUGCGAGCAGAAACCAUCUGGGAGUCACUACUACUUGAAAGUGCUUUCUUUUUUGUUGCUAGUAACAUAACCUAACAAGCAAGAUUUCGCUCACUUCUGCCAGUGUAACCAUUUUAAAAAUAAACAUUUAAGGUGUAACACUCAUUUACUCAAUUUAAAACACUUUCUGCAGCCCAGAAGCAUUUAAACCGCACUCUUCCAGUUGAAAUAAAGUUCCUCCGUCAGUCCAUCUAACCGAACCCUAACGGGAAUCUUUCUAAUUGGCUGAAUUGACACCAUUUUUCUUUUGUUCUGUCAUACGAGUGGCGUAAUAUUUUCAUACAACAUGAGUGAUCUGUUAUGAUUUGUAAUUUGUUCCCUCAUUUAAAUCCUCUUCAAUCUCGUUUCUUGAAGAUAUCCCAAGAAACCACUUUGAUUCUGUUGUGAGGAUUUGUCUGAGGAAUGUAAAACCCGAGUGGAGAGGAUAGCAUCGGCCUUAACAGAAUGAAAAAAACAAACAAAAAAAUGUGUAUGAUUUCCAGAGCUCAGAGGCAGUGAGUGUAUUUAUUACAUGGACGAUGGAGGCUGCGAUGGCUGAAGCAAGGGGCAGCGUUCUAUCAGGAAAAUGCAAGAGUCCCGUCCGAUUUUUGAUUUUCUAAGUCGAGGUUUCUUCCAUCAAUUGUAAUGAUCUGGAUGCAGGUGUGAGAGUGAAACAUGCCUUUUUUUGAAUAAAGAGGUUGAAAUAAAACUCCUGUUUGUUAAAAGUU